AUGUCUACAGACCCACCGCGCACUCCAGAUCACUCGGUUCUGGGUGACUCCUGGGUGGUCGCGUCGACCUCGUCGCUCAAGGAACAAGGCGCGCAGAACGCAACACCCGCCAGCCCAUCAACAGCCACGCACAACAAGGAGCGCAACAAAGAUGGCACGACACCAAAAACAAGAACUGGGUCGCCGGCGGCAUUUUCCUCUGCAGCAAUGUCGGGUCCGGAGCUCAUCAUGCCCUCCAUCUACGAAGUGGCCAUUUCCGAGGCCUCGUGGGUCGCGCCGGGUGUGCGUGCCAAAGAGCAGCCCUCGUCCUUAAGGAAACGGCACAAGGUAUCAUCUUCAGGCGCAGAAUCACCACAGAAACAGCUUCAGCCAAGUGCAUCCGCUAGAAGUUCAGACGCUGGCACGUCUGCUCCGGCUCAAGGCAGGCAUAUGGGUCUUGUCACGAGACUCAUAGCCCUCUGUCGCCAGCUACCGUCUUCGGUCCGCAUGACGAUCAACGUAGUCCUACUCACUCUCGUGCUUCACCUGCUGGUCUUCCCGGAGCUAGUCUAUCAAGUCCGCGACUUAUGCAAGAUCUCCGCGGUUGCGACCCUCUAUUCCAACAGCUGUACAUCCCCCGACCCGAUAUUCUUCCCACCAAGCAACCCCUUUCAGUCCCCCGAAGAAGCCCUCGCAACCUCGCAGAAGAGGCUCGAGUCAAUAUUCGACACCACCCUCGAAACCCUAACCCCACACGCGACCAUUAUCAAACAAAGCGAGAGCACACUUCGUAACCUGCAGGACCAGGUGAAGGCCGUGUUUCCGGGUGCCAAACAUGCUCUCGAUCUUGAGUUUCAGGGCAGUGAUCAGGCCGUGCGGGCAGCGGCCUGGGAGUUUGACUCCUUGCGGGCAGACCUACGCUCUGCGGUCGAUAGUUUGCUCGCAUCGCCCCCAACCUUGGAAUCUGGUGGCUCUAUCGCGCGAGACACGCGCCUGGUGACACAACUCCGACGCAAAGAGCAGUAUCUUGACCGACUGCGCGCGCAGAUAUUAACCAAGGCCGAUUCACUUGCCAGCCGGUUGGCCACGCUGGACGACCACCUAGAAGCAAUCGAGGGCAUCGUGACUCGCGAGCAGCGUACUGCCAUUCUUCAUCCCUCAACAGACGGGUCUGGUAAUUUGCUCGGGCCUCUCAAUUCAAUCAUGGACACGCUCCACGGGUCAUCCCUGGGUGCAUUCUUCGUCCGUGGAUCGAUGUCCUCAUCUCCGGACUCAGCGUCUAGUCCGUCGCCCCUCACGAUCCGACAGCUGCUGCGCCAGGCUUUGGUCCUCCACCGCCCUAUUGCGGACUCGGUGCAGCGCCUGUCACGUCAGUUGCGUGCAGGGUCUCGUCGCCAAUCCGAGCCCACAUGGUGA